CGCUUUGCUGGCGCUGGGUUUGGUGCGAUUCCAGUUAACUGUGGAAGAACAGUCAGGAAGAGCAUCAAGCCCCGUGGUGCUGCAGUGCCCGAAGCCCUACUUACAACAUGCGGCUGUCGGUGUAAAGACAAGCGCUGUAGUUUGAGCACAGGAUUGGCUCUCUUGUCUUGGAAACUUGACUGAUACCGAUAAUUAUUUCAGUGAGUUUUCCUUCAGGGGAACUGUAGGGCUUUGAUUUCUGCUUGGGCCCAGGCUGUUGUCCUCGGAAGGAAUAUCAUGGGGUGAUACAAAACGCCACGCAGUUUUAAAUGCUUGGUUACGGCUGCUCAGAUCACUAUUAUGAGUCAGACACACUCUUGCAUUCGUUUCAAGUUCUGGAAAAGCUCUUGCAGUCUCCAGCUACUCAAGAUAUUAUAUGUGAUGUGGGGAUGCCUGUUCUGCACAGAAAUGUUCGCUACAAUUGUCGAGUAAUCUUUUUAAAUAAGAAGAUUCUUCUAAUCAGACCAAAAAUAUCACUGGCAAACACAGGAAACUAUAGGGAACUUAGAUGGUUCACCCCAUGGAGCAAAGCAAGGCAUGUGGAAGAAUAUUUUCUACCCAGGAUAAUUCAGGAAGUGACUGGACAGGAAACUGUUCCUUUUGGGGAUGCAGUGCUAGCAACCAAAGAUACAUGCCUAGGGGCAGAAAUAUGUGAAGAACUCUGGGCACCAAACAGCCCUCACAUUGAGAUGGGGCUUGAUGGCGUGGAAAUUUUCACCAACUCUUCAGGGAGUCACCACGUGCUGCGGAAGGCUCAUGCCCGGGUGGAUCUGGUGAAUUCUGCCACAGCAAAGAAUGGUGGAAUAUAUAUUUUAGCGAACCAGAAAGGCUGUGAUGGUGAUCGUCUAUAUUAUGAUGGCUGUGCCAUGAUUUCCAUGAAUGGAGAAACAGUUGCACAAGGAUCCCAGUUUUCACUCGAUGAUGUGGAGGUGCUGGUUGCCACUCUCGACUUGGAGGAUGUUCGAAGUUAUAGAGCAGAGAUUUCAUCUCGUAACUUGGCAGCAAGUAAAGUGAGUCCUUAUCCCAGGGUAAAAGUGGACUUUGCUCUGUCAUGUCCUGAUGAUGUAGCUGUUCCUACUUGUAUGCCAAUCCAGUGGAGACACCACAGUCCAGAGGAGGAGAUAAGCCUUGGACCUGCAUGUUGGCUUUGGGACUAUUUAAGGCGCAGCAAACAGGCAGGAUUUCUCCUACCUCUGAGUGGUGGAAUUGACAGCUCUGCUACAGCUUGCAUAGUGUAUUCCAUGUGUCACCAGGUUUGUCUGGCAGUCAAGAAUGGCAAUGCAGAUGUGUUGGCUGAUGCACGCAGGAUUGUGAAUGAUGAAACCUACAUCCCUAAGCAUCCUCGGGAAUUCUGCAAGCGUAUCUUCACCACGUGCUACAUGGGUAGUGAGAACUCCUCCCAGGAUACCUGCAACAGGGCUAAACUGCUGGCUGAGCAAAUAGGCAGCUACCACAUCAACCUGAACAUGGAUGCGGCUGUGAAAGCUGUUGUGGGGAUCUUCAGUGUGGUGACAGGUCGAACUCCCCGGUUUUCUGUCUGUGGGGGGAGCAGCAGAGAGAGCCUGGCACUCCAGAAUGUGCAGGCUAGAAUAAGAAUGGUCCUUGCCUAUCUGUUUGCUCAGCUGACACUGUGGGCUCGUGGGUUGCCAGGUGGACUGCUGGUGCUGGGAUCAGCCAAUGUGGAUGAAAGUCUCCGUGGUUACAUGACCAAGUACGACUGCUCCAGUGCUGAUAUUAACCCCAUUGGUGGCAUCAGCAAGACUGAUUUGAAGAACUUCAUUCAGUACUGCCUUGAAAACUUUCAGCUCACAGCCCUCAGGAGUAUCAUGUCAGCUCCACCCACUGCAGAAUUGGAGCCUCUGCUGGAUGGACAAGUGGCUCAAACUGAUGAGGCAGAUAUGGGUAUGACAUAUGCAGAGCUCUCAAUCUAUGGAAAAUUAAGGAAAAUUGCGAAGGCUGGACCAUACAGUAUGUUCUGUAAGCUGAUUAAUAUGUGGAAGGAAAUUUGUACUCCAAGAGAGGUGGCAUCCAAGGUUAAGCAUUUCUUCAGGAUGUAUUCAGUCAACAGGCACAAAAUGACCACCCUCACUCCUUCCUACCAUGCUGAAAACUACAGUCCAGAUGACAACCGGUUUGACCUGAGGCCUUUCCUCUACAACACCUCAUGGUCCUGGCAGUUCAGGUGUAUAGACAAACAGCUAUCCAAGCUUGAAAAAAACGAAGGAAUUUCUGUAGCUGAAGAUGUGGACUGAUUUAUUGUCUUGUUUAACUGUGGUAAUUAAUUUGCCAAACAGAAUGUUCAAAACUGGAUUAUACUAUGAUAAUGAGCAAGGAUGACCUGCUUGAGCUGACCAUUGUAAUAAAUUUGUUUUACUGACUCCCUGUUUUAACUCUCAAUAUACUUAAACUGUAAUUUGGCUAAAGGAUCAUUUAUUAAGGAUUUUUUUCAACUUCUUGUGUUAAUUGCCUUUAAUUUAAAAUAUUUGGAUAAUCAUAAAUAAACCCAGGGUAGUCUUUUUUUUUUUUUUUUUUUUUUUUGACUUUUGAGUAACACUCAGCUGAAUGUGUAAAAUUUUAAGAGUUCUGGCUGUUGAGGGGGCAAAAAACUCGCCAUACUUUGAAAUAAAUUUUUAAUUUUGUCAUGCUAA